AUGUCCUCCAACAACCAAACCUGGGACUUUAUCAUCGUCGGGAGCGGCCCCUCCGGCUCCGCCCUAGCCUCCAAGCUCUCCCUCAGCGCCUCCCAACCGCGCAUCCUCCUCCUCGAAGCCGGACCGCGCAAAGACGACCGCACCCUGCGCGUCUCCGGCAACAGAUGGACAACGUUCCAAGAGCCGAGCAUAAACUGGGGGUACAAAACAACACCACAAGAACACUGCAACGGGCGCGAAAUCGACUACUCGCGGGGGAAAGUCGUCGGCGGCGGGUCGGCGAUCAAUUUCGGGAUCUACACGGUCGGCGCGAAAGACGACUACGAUGCCUGGGCGGAGAUCGUGGGCGAUGAGAACUUCAACUGGGAGCGGAUGCAGGCGCGGUUCAGGGACAUCGAGGCCUUCGACACGCGGAUUCCCAACGAGGCGUAUCGGGCUUUUGCGGCGCCUGACCCGCAGCAGCAUGGAGACAGCGGCGCGCUGAAACUCAGCUAUGCGGAGGAGUGGGAGGAGGAUCUGCCGCUUGUUAUGGAGGCGUUCAGGCAGGCGGGCGUGAAGUGGAACAUGGAUCAUAACUCGGGGGAUCCGAUUGGGGUGGGGAUGGCGAUUAACUCGGUGUACAAGGGGGUGAGGAGCACGGCGGGGGAUGUCCUUGACGAUGCGCUGGCCAAAGGGAGGGGGAAUUUGGAGGUUAAGACGGGCAAGACGGUGCGGAGGGUUGUGUUUGAGGGGGAGAGGGCGGUUGGUGUGGAGGCUGGAGAUGAGAUCUUCUACGCCAGCAAAGAAGUCAUCCUCUCCGCAGGCUCCCUCGACACCCCGCGCAUCCUCAUGCACUCCGGCAUCGGCCCAGCCGCCCACCUCUCCGAAUUCAACAUCCCCAUCCUCAAAGACGUCCCCUGCAUCGGCCAGGGCCUGCGCGACCACCCCUUCGUCCCCGUGUGCUUCCUCCGCAACCCCUCCACAAACAACCGCAACGCCUUCUACGGCUCCCAGUCCGCCAUGGACGCCGCCAUGAAACAGUGGCUCGUCGACGGGUCCGGGCCUUGGGCGCAGCGCGGCGCACAGCUGAUAAUGGGCUGGCUAAAGAGCGAGACCGUCAGCUGCUCCCCCGAAUUCGCGGCCCUCCCAGCAGACGUGCAGGCGUUCCUUAACAAACCGACCGUGCCGCACUACGAGAUCUCCGCCGGGUUCCCGCUGCAUAUGCUUGCCCCCGGGCUGACAAGCGACUACAGCUACGUGUGCCUCCUUGCAUUCCUGAUGAACGAGCAGAGCGUCGGCGAGGUGCGGCUGCAGUCAUCAGACCCCGAAGUCCCACUCCUCUUCAACGCGAAUUUCCUGGCACACCCAUUCGACCGGCGCGUGUGCGUCGAGUCCGUGCGUGAACUCCUUGCGCUGACGAAACACGAGGCCUUCGCGAAGGAUACAGUCAGCAUGAUCCUCGGCCCGGCGUCGGAAAGCGACGAGGAUAUCCUCGAGCACUGGCGGAGCACGAUUGCGUCGUCGUGGCACAUGACGGGGACUGUGAAGAUGGGGAGGGAGGGCGAUAAGGAUGCGGCGGUUGAUGGGAGCUUUCGGGUUAUGGGGCUGCAGGGGCUUAGGGUUGCGGAUAUGAGCGUUGUCCCUGUGCUGGCGAACAACCAUACCCAGGCCACGGCGUAUGUGACGGGUGCGACGGCCGCGGAUGUGCUGAUUCAGGAGUAUGGGCUUGAUGCGGUGGCGAGUCGGUUGUGA